CUCCACAGAACCCAAGACUCUCAGACCCCACAGGGCUGGUCCCACUUGUCCCGCUGGAGAAGCGGCCGCGUUGUGGCGGCUCAAGAGCCGCGAUGCGCUGCAGCUCUUGGGUUCUUCCCUCCUGCCCUCACACCUCCCACCUUCACCCUCCCCAGCUCCCACUCCUUCUGCAAGGCAACAUAGGUUGAAAUCUGCUAAAUUACAUAGACUAUCUAAAUUACAUAGAAUAUCUUCUAUUAUACCCCACUUGAAACCUCUUGCUGCACUUAAGUACGUCGUACUUAGACACGUUCAUGGAUAUUAUACACAGUGGUUUAGAGGCUGACUAUUCCAGAUUUAAAAACAAACUGCUAGAUUGAGGUGUGACGUUAUAUGAAUGCUGUUGCACAGGCUGUUUCCACGCGCGUUCUCAGCAACAAUCAAGAUAAGGUACAACAGGCGGAACCAUGGUGCUUAAUGGCGGCACAACCCUCACUACGUAUGGAUCAUUAGGGCACUCCCUGGAAGGUCCCAUGGAACAUCAGCAACUGACCGGGAAAGAGAAAGGGCACAACGCUCCUGCUAGAAUGAGUUUUAAGCAUUUUAUGGAUUCUGGAAGCGAUGAGCGGUGAGAUGAAGACAGAUUAAUCAGUAACGAUAAUUUGACUGCAGGAACAAGAGCCCGAAGAUGUUGUCAUCUGGUUUAGGAAACAGGAUUCAGAGAAUUCACAUGGUCAUCUCGUAAAAUAUUUAGUGAAAUACAGAACUCACUAAUUACGAUAUAAUAAUGCAAUAUAAUAAUAUUAGAUUUGGCCUCUCACGCUUCACAUUUCUACUAGCAGGGAAAACUGAUACUUUGUGUGUCUUUCAAAAGAGAUUUUCCUAACGAUUCUGGAAGUGUGGCAAAGUGACGUUUCUUAUCACAAACUCCAACAAGAAAAUCAGCACUCCCAAUUACACAUUUUCAUAGCAAAUCAGUUGAUAUUCACGGCUAGAAAGACAAGGACAACUGGACCAGCCGAUUUUCAAAUCCAGGCCCCCGUAAUUGCAAACAACUGACACCCAGGAGCAUAAAGGAAAGUAAAACAUCCUUCUGGCCCUGACAAGAUCAGCGCAAGCUCUGAAGGACAGAACAAAGUGCAGCAAAGCCACAUGAUCCACACACAAAGACUCUUUAUAAUCCUCUUCUUCAGUACAGCAAAAUAUUCAGACAUUCAAAGCUGGUAUCACGAGAUGUUUCUAACAUUACCGUUAUUCCAGCCCUAUAACGCAAUCCUGUUCGUACAUUUCUCAGAACACGUCAGGCUCUCUGUCCUCACAACCCUGGAAAAGCCACCCGGAAAACUUCACCCGCACUCGUUUGCACAAACUUUCUUUUAAGGUAAAUAGUCUAUUCCAAAACUAUUUAUGAAGAGUCAUUGUAUAAGAACAUCUCAAAAACUUCUUCAGUAACACUGCCAGAGCCCCGUGUUCCUAUGCACAGCACAUGAAUAACAUAAAAUCAGCAAAUAAUAGAUGUGCCUCAAGGGCACUAAAAGGCCAAGUCCCUUCUACUCUCAGAGCCACCUGUGGGAAGAACUUUUGCUUCACUUUUCUACAGAUGGGACCUUUUAAUAUUCUAAAAAUAUUUGACCACUGUAAUUGAGCAAUAAAUCCACCAUAGUGACAUGUUAAGAGUUUACUGCACACUUGUGAAACUGUAACAUUGUCUUCUUGAAAUCCGAAACGCCGCGAUCCCAUUUGUCUCAUCCCAGCAGCGGCCGAACGCGGCAUCGACCUCCGGCAGAUGUUAAUGGCACAACGUUCGGGUACCCAAUCAAUAGCAUCCAAAGCAACCUACACAAAUGAAGCGUUUCUUUUCCGUAAGAAGGGUUUAACUCGCUUUCUGUUCUCGCAACCCUGGCCACCAGUAGGUGGUGUUUGUGGAAAUGGCAAGUGGGUUUUUUCCCUCCUACAGCCCAAAUGCAAAACUCCACCUGCAACACUGGUGUUCUUAUGCAAGACUGAGGCUCCACGUUCUUGGCCAAAGAAGCUGAUUUUAUCCGUGGGAUUUUGAGCUGAGCAACACUAAGUGUGAGGAUGACGAUGCACCCCUGAAAAUUUAAAUACAAACGGGCAAAACAGGAUCGACUUGAAGGUGCCAUUCACCGCAGCUUUGGGCACCUAAAUACAAGUCUUUACUGAUGUCGAUGCAUCUAUGGAGCCCGAGCAAGAACCAGCUCCUGCGCUCGGGGGGAAAAUCAGCUCUGCAAAAAGGGAAUUAAGGUCCAAGGAUGUUCAUUGAUUAUCAGAAGCAAACCAAUGGAGCUGAAAUCCCAGUGCCUUCCAACCCGCACGAGGAAACGCUGCUGAUGAAAAGCUUUUAAUAACGAGAUCCAAGUACCAGAAUGGUAAAAAGAUCCCUACGUCAUCCUAAGGCACACAGGAACUGCAAAUUCACUCAUUCACCAUAUAUAGUGUCCUGUAAAGAAAUGUAACUAUUUGUUACUGUUAUAUUUCAGUCCAUUUUCAGUCUAAUUAGACUUCUAACAAACCUUAAUUUCCUAUACGAGAGUGUACAUCAUCUUGCAUUCCAGUCAAAAUGCUUGCUAUGAACUUAGUUGAAAACAACCCCAAAUCUGAUUUGUUUGGCAUUACCACCAAACUGUGAGUAUUAAUAUAUUUCCUGAAGAUAUUUUAACCAUGGAAACUUAUUCUGCCUCAAUAUCACCCGUUAUAUGUAACACCACGACUUUUAACCUAAAUGCAUCCCAUUUGUGUAACGAAAGCCUAUCUUCUAGGCUAGCUGAUAAAUCAGAACACCAACAAUACGUUAUUGGUCUUUUCUUAUCAUGCCUUUACACGAUAUUUCUUUUUCCUAUUGGUUUUGUAGGAAACAUUCUGAUACUGGUUGUCAACAUAAGCUUUCGCGAAAAAAUGACUAUUCCAGACCUUUACUUCAUAAACCUCGCAGUAGCUGAUCUCAUUCUAGUCGCCGAUUCCCUCAUUGAGGUUUUUAACCUUGACGAAAAGUAUUACGAUAUCACCAUUAUUUGUACCUUUAUGUCUUUGUUCCUUCAGAUCAACAUGUAUAGCAGCAUUUUCUUUCUGACAUGGAUGAGCUUUGACAGAUACAUAGCACUGGCCAAAGUAAUGAGGUCCAACAUAUUUCGCACUAUGCAGCACGCUCGCUUGAGCUGCGGGCUCAUAUGGAUGGCGUCCAUUUCUGCAGCGCUAGUUCCAUUCACGGCCGUGCAUUUACAGCACACCGGAGAGGUCUAUUUUUGUUUUGCAGAUGUAAAAGAAAUCCAGUGGCUAGAAAUAACCUUGGGGUUUAUUAUCCCCUUUGUGAUCAUCGGGCUUUGUUACUCGUUAAUCGUGCGGGUUCUGAUCAGAGCCCACAAGCACAGGAGUCUCCGGCUGCGGCGACAAAAGGCUCUUCGAAUGAUUUUUGUCGUCGUCUUGGUUUUCUUUAUCUGCUGGUUACCUGAAAACGUCUUCAUUAGCGUCCAGCUCCUCCAGAAGAAAAGCGAGCCUGUCUCCUCAAGCAGCCCAUCCUUCAGGCACGAUUAUCCUUUAACAGGACACAUUGUGAACCUGGCAGCUUUUUCUAACAGCUGCUUGAACCCCUUAAUUUACAGUUUUCUAGGAGAAACCUUCCGAGACAAACUGCGACUGUACAUCGAGCAGAAGACGAAAAUGUCAACGCUGCAUCGCUUCUGUCAGGCUGCCCUAACGUCUGUCAUUCCUGACAGCAACGAGCAAUCGGAAGUCUGAUUGAGUAGCGCUUGUAUAAAACACACGACUGUGAAGCUGUGCAAAUAGUGAACAAAAUGCUUGCUACUAACAGAGAAAAAGUGCAUUUGUGUGUAUAUAUAUAUAUAUAUAGUAUCACUCCGAGUACCGAAGGUUUAUAUUCAAAAUGUUUUUAUGACAAGACUUUAAUGUAGAACAAUACGUUUUAGUCAGAUUUAUAUUUAAUUAUGAACAGGAUUAUUAAAAGCUGUGCACUGAAGGAGCUUAAUUUUGUAUUACACAUGUAUGAAUGACAAUAGAGAAGAAAAUGUUAUCGAGUUAGGAAGACUCUAGAUGUAACCCGAUUAUCAGAGAUGCUACUUUGCUGGUGUAUAAAAGAUACUUCCACUGAAAUAAUGAGGCUGCUGUAACAGUGGGGGAAAAUCAUUACAACAUAUUGAUGUGGAGAUGCAGCAAACAUUGAUUUUGUUUUCCAUCCAAAUAUGUUAAGAUAAAUGACUUUGCUUAGAAGAACUACAUAGUGCUAUUGUCGCUGUAUUCUAGCAUGUCUUCCACGGUUAACAUUUUUUUUGAUCUUAAUAUAAUCUAGCACACUGGUGAGUUUUGUCUGAUAAAUGUAAUCUACUGUUUACAUCAGCGCUUGAUCAGAACUGAAGUAAUCUGUAACUAUAUUGCUCAUCUCAAAGAGGUUCACAGAAGCAAAAUGUAACGCAUCAUUCUAUCUUAAGUAUUGCCCAAGACAAUCUUUCCCAGGACAGACAUAAUUGGGCCCUCCGUCAGAAAGGCCAGUGCACAUACACAGCCAUGCACACCUGCCUUCAGAUUUAAAUGCGGGUCGCACGGGCUCUCUUUACAUUAGCAGACCCAUUUUGAUGGCCAGGACAAAAUGCUGUGGCUUGGAACAAAAGUCACGUUCUGCAAAGGAGUAUGAAAAUUGCUUGGGAAAACGCCAGAAGCCUCAGCUUUUAGAAGGAAAGAACUUAGGUAAUGGGGAGCGCGAUGAGCUGGGAUCGGGUCUGCACGUCGUGCACCAUCCAUCCCACAUCCAGAGACAAUUGGCCUUCCAAGAUUUUAAGAUGCACAUUGGUUGCUUAGUUCAUUUGAAGAUUAAUUAACUAAGAAAACAAAUGUUAGCACCACGUACUUGAAAACAAUAGUUUUUAAUUUCUGCUAGAAAAUACUUGGGGUUUACAUGUGAACGAUGUUCAGCAGAGGUUACUGCUGACGUCAUGCAGAGGAAGCUGGAGAGUUCCUAGAGACUGGUGUGCAAAAUCAUUAAAGCAUCACUUGCUCCAGCUCUGAAGUUAACAAACUCAUUUCACCUCUGUGCUCAUUGACGGAAGCACCAGAAAUCUGCAGAAUAACAUGCGCCGUCCUAUUUUCAACUGUCAUAUAUGAAUUCAUUAGCACAUGAACAGAUUUUAAAGGAUGUUAAAGUGCAGACACUUCAAACAAUGACCAGAGUUACUAAGCAAUAAAGAAAACAGUGGAAACAACAA